GGUCAUGAAACUGGGGGGGGGGGGGAUCAGAGCUGAGGAAUGCAUCGCGACGGAGUGCCCUCCUCCACCUCGCAGCUUCACCUUCACUCUCCGAAUGCACAGCGCAGAAAUCCCCGCCCUCACUCCGUUCAACGAGCCAAUCAUAUCCUCCUGCUUCUGCCGUGGCCCCGCCCUCCUCCUCGCUCUCCCAGCAGAGAGCUUUGGAACCGGAGAGGUAAAGAGAGAGGGCGCGAGGGAUCAGGCAGACGAGGUGCACGCACACGCGGCAGAGGUGCCAAAAAGCACGCGAGGACGCGGGACUCACAAACGCUCAGGCGCGUGCGCGUGAGGAGCGGGGAACCGUUUUCUUGAGCUGACAUAGAAGAAGAAGAAAAAGAACAAAAAAAAAAAAAAUAGCGUGGUGUUUAAGGAGGAGAAAGCAGCAGCGUGGUGUGGUUUUUCCUGCACCGGUUUUCCUUUUUCAUCCCUUACAUGGAUCGGAGAGAAUGAGAAAGAAGUGAGACAAGAGACGGAGGAGAGUCAACAUCAGAAGUGAGAGCGAUCGUAAAGAAAAUUUAAAGAAAAGGAAAGAAGAAAGAAAGAAGAAAAGAAAAGCACAAGGCUUGUGCGUUUUUUGUCUCUUCCAAAAAGAAGGGAAGGAAGAAAAGCCAACCAGAGAAGACAGACGGAGGUGUUUUCCUGCUUUUCUUCAGCCACUCGGGUCCUGCGUGUGCCUGAAAGGAUCCUAUGUUUCUGGAAGCUUUAACCCUUUAAACUGGAGUACUUAUACAGACAAGGUUCUCCCAUGCCCUCCCCCUCCUGCCCAUCACCUGUCAUUGACCAAUCACAUCCACAGUCUAAUCCACAUGACAACCCGCUGUUAGCCGACGCUAUUGAGCCAGAGUCAGACGAAGAAGACGAGGAGGAGGAGGAAGAAGAAGAGGAGUAUGCAGCUCGGUUGUACCUACCUGUAACACAUGAACAACCAUCAAAUCACCAUGGCUCCACCUUGCCUCCUGUACCGCCGCCUCACCGCCAGCAGCCCUCAGUAACGGCCCUGAACCAAGCCUUGGGCUCCACGCACCACGCUGGCCAGAACCUAAACUCCUCGCGCCAACUAACCCCUCCUUCUGGAAGCCCGGCUCCCGUGGCCGGCCAAUCACCAGCCGAGCUGCAGACCACGCCCCCCGAGAGCGUCCCGCUGCAAGACAGCUGGGUGCUGGGUAGCAAUGUGCCUCUGGAAACGAGGCACUUCCUCUUUAAAACAGGUACAGGCACCACUCCUCUCUUCUCCACAGCCACUCCUGGCUACACCAUGGCUACCGGCUCCGUCUACUCACCUCCCACCAGGCCAUUGCCAAGGAAUACCCUGUCCCGUUCUGCCUUUAAGUUCAAGAAAUCCUCCAAGUACUGUUCGUGGAGGUGUACAGCCCUCAGUGCAGUUGGUCUGUCUGUCCUUCUCUCUGUUCUGCUCUGCUACUGCAUAGCUAUGCACUUGUUCGGUUUGAACUGGCAGCUUCAGGAGAGCGAGAGCUACGGAGCGUUUGAAAACGGAGGAGGAGGAAGAGACACGACUCCCAACACCUUUGUGCUCUCUACAGACAAUGGCAAGAUGUUUCUUCUAGAGAACAACACCAUAGAUACGGGAGAGUCAGACGUGGGGAGGCGAGUCAUACAAGACGUCCCGCCAGGUGUGUUUUGGAGGUCCCAGCUGUAUAUUGACCAGCCUCAGUUCUUGAAAUUCAACAUAUCAGUCCAGAAAGAUGCUCUGGUUGGAGUGUACGGACGGAAAGGCCUCCCACCAUCACAUACUCAGUAUGAUUUUGUUGAGCUGCUGGACGGUAGUCGGCUCAUUUCCAAAGACAAGCGAGCGCUCAGCGACGCAGACUCUAUGUAUGCGUACAUCGCCGGUUUCCACGAGGAGGAGCCUGGCGCUCGACACACGCGCUCCGUCAACGUGCUGGAGGCCGGCUUCAUCCAGUACCUGGACACAGGAAUCUGGCAUCUGGCAUUUUACAACGAUGGGCGGAACACAGAGCAAGUCUCCUACAGUACGAUCGUCAUAGAGUCAAUUAUGGAGUGUCCUCAGAAUUGUCACGGAAACGGUGACUGUCUCUCAGGAAUAUGCCACUGUUUCCCGGGAUUUCUGGGGCCUGACUGCUCUCGAGCAGCCUGCCCGGUCCUGUGCAGUGGGAAUGGCCACUACUCUCGCGGCCGCUGCCAGUGCUACAGUGGGUGGAAAGGCACCGAGUGUGACGUCCCGUCCAACCAGUGCAUUGACAUCAACUGUGGAGGACAUGGCAUCUGCAUGAUGGGAGCCUGCAUCUGCAACACUGGUUAUAAGGGAGAUAACUGUGAUGAAGUGGACUGCAUAGACCCCAGUUGUUCGGCCCAUGGGGUGUGUAUCCACGGCGAGUGCCACUGUCAGCCGGGAUGGGGCGGAGCCAGCUGUGAGAUUGCCAAGGCCUUGUGUCCGGACCAGUGCUCUGGCCACGGCACCUACAACGCAGAGACCAGCACAUGUGCCUGCGACCAGAACUGGACGGGAGCAGACUGUUCUCUAGAGGUGUGUGAAGUAGACUGUGGCAACCAUGGGAUGUGCUACGGCGGUAUGUGUCGCUGCGAAGAGGGCUGGACGGGAACCGUCUGUGAUCAGAAGGCCUGCCAUCCGCUGUGCAGCAAGAAUGGAGUGUGUAAAGACGGGAAGUGUGAGUGUGACCAAGGAUGGACAGGAGAGCACUGCAACAUUGCUCACAAUCCGGACAUUAGAGUAAAAGGAUAUAAAGAGGGCUGCCCAGGUCUCUGCAACAACAAUGGACGAUGCACUCUGGAAGCCAGCGGAUGGCACUGCAUUUGCCAGCCGGGAUGGAGAGGGGCAGGAUGUCACGUUGCCAUGGAAACCCUUUGCACUGACGGCAAGGACAACGAAGGAGAUGGAUUGGCUGACUGUAUGGACCCAGACUGCUGUCUUCAGCCCUCUUGUCAAAACCAGUUAUACUGCAAAGGGUCUCCAGACCCUGCUGAAGUGCUCAGCCAGUCUCCCUCCUCAAUGGCACCCCAGCAGGCGGCCAGAUCUUUCUAUCAACGCAUUCACUUCCUGGUUGGCCCUGAAUCUACUCAUGUCAUCACUGGAGAGUCUCCAUUCAAUAAAAGCUUGGUGUCGAUAAUCCGAGGCCAGGUGCUGACUUCAGAUGGGACUCCUCUGAUUGGAGUCAACGUGACAUUUGUCCACUAUCCUGACCAUGGAUACACUAUAACACGCAAGGAUGGCAUGUUCGACCUCCUGGCCAACGGAGGGGCAUCACUGACCCUCAGUUUUGAGCGUGCUCCAUUUAUCACUCAGUACAGAACCGUGUGGGUGCCAUGGAACGUCUUCUAUGUGAUGGACACUCUGGUGAUGAAGAAGGAGGAAAAUGACAUUCCAAGCUGUGACCUGAGCGGCUUUAUUAGACCCAGUCCAGUGAUCGUUGCCUCGCCCCUCUCUACAUUUUUCAGAAGAUCACAUGACGAUGGCCCCAUUAUACCUGAAACCCAGGUUCUCCAAGAAGAAACUUCAAUACCAGGCAGUGAUCUGAACCUGGUCUACCUCAGCUCCAGAGCUGCUGGAUAUAAACCAGUCCUCAAAGUUUCCAUGACACAAUCAUCAAUUCCUUUCAACCUGAUGAAGGUUCACCUGAUGGUGGCGGUAGUGGGUCGUCUCUUCCAGAAAUGGUUCCCAGCCCAACCAAAUCUAUCCUACACUUUUAUCUGGGAUAAGACAGACGCCUACGGUCAGCGCGUCUUCGGACUGUCAGAAGCAGUUGUGUCGGUGGGGUUUGAGUACGAGUCAUGUCUGGACCUCAUCCUGUGGGAGAAGCGGACGGCCAUUUUGCAGGGCUAUGAGAUGGAUGCUUCCAACAUGGGAGGAUGGAUGCUCGACAAACAUCACAUUCUGGACGUGCAAAACGGUAUACUGUAUAAGGGCAAUGGCGAGAAUGUCUUUAUCUCCCAGCAGCCCGCUGUCAUCAGCAGCAUUAUGGGAAACGGUCGGCGGCGCAGCAUCUCCUGCCCCAGCUGUAACGGCCAGGCGGAGGGCAACAAGCUGCUGGCGCCUCUGGCCCUCGCUUGCGGAGCGGAUGGCAGCAUUUUUGUCGGGGACUUCAACUACAUCAGGAGGAUCUUCCCCUCUGGGAACGUUAGCAGCGUCAUGGAGCUCAGAAACAAAGAUUUCAGGCAUAGCAACAACCCUGCUCACCGCUACUUCAUGGCCACUGACCCAGUAACCGGACAGCUGUAUGUGUCCGACACCAACUCCAGGAGAAUUUACCGUCCCAAGAUGCUUAGCGGCGCCCGGGACCUCAACAGUAAUGGAGAAGUCGUGGCUGGCACAGGUGAGCAGUGUCCUCCUUUCGAUGAGGCCCGAUGUGGUGAUGGGAGAAAAGCUACAGAGGCACAGCUGCUGGGACCAAAAGGGAUUGCAGCCGAUAAGAACGGACUCAUCUACUUUGUGGACGGAACGAUGAUCAGGAAAGUGGAUCGUAACGGAAUCAUUUCCACAGUGCUGGGCAGCAACGACCUGACCUCUGCACGACCUUUGACCUGCGAUACCAGCAUGCACAUAAGACAGGUUCGAUUGGAAUGGCCCACAGAUCUCGCCAUCAACCCCAUGGAUAACUCCAUCUACGUCCUGGACAACAACGUUGUUCUACAGAUCACUGAAAACAGACAGGUCCGUAUAGUGGCUGGUCGUCCCAUGCACUGCCAGGUGCCUGGUAUAGAAUACACCAUGGGAAAGAGAGCGGUGCAGACCAUGCUGGAGGGAGCGACCGCCAUCGCUCUGUCCUACAGCGGCAUCCUCUACAUCGCAGAGACAGAUGAGAAGAAGAUGCACCGCAUUCGACAAGUGUCCACUGAUGGAGAAAUUACGCAUCUGGCUGGUGCACUAUCUGACUGUGACUGCAAGAACGAUGCCAACUGUGACUGCUAUCAGACAGGAGACGGCUACGCUAAAGACGCCAGGCUUAGCGGCCCUUCGUCUCUGGUGGUGUCGCCGGAUGGGACUCUGUACGUGGCUGAUCUGGGAAACAUUCGGAUCCGGGCAAUAAGACGCAACCAGCCACGCACCGGCUCUUUGGCUUCAGGUCCCAGCUCCUAUGAAGUGGCUUCUCCAGCCUCACAGGAACUUUAUGUGUUUGAUUCGAAUGGGACUCACCAGUUCACCAUGUCUCUGAUCACUGGAGACUUCAAAUACAACUUCAGCUACAGCAACGAGGAGGAUGUUACCGCAGUGACAGACAGCAGCGGGAACACGCUCCGUGUCCGUAGAGACACCAACAGGAUGCCUGUACGUGUGGUAGCUCCUGAUAAUCAGGUCAUCUGGCUGACAAUCGGGACCAAUGGAGGACUAAAGUCUCUCACGGCUCAGGGUCAGGAACUGGUUUUAUUUACUUACCAUGGCAACAGUGGCUUGCUGGCUACCAAGAGCAUCCAAAUUGGCUGGACUACAUUCUAUGACUAUGACAGCGAGGGUCGUCUGACUAAUGUGACCUUCCCCACCGGCGUGGUCACCAAUCUCCACGGCGACAUGUCUUCAGGAGCCAUCGCAGUGGACAUAGAGACGUCAGGGAGGGAUGAGGAUGUUUCCAUAACAACAAACUUAUCGUCUAUAGACUCCUUUUACACUUUGGUGCAAGACCAGCUUCGUAACAGCUACCAAGUGGGUAAUGACCAUUCACUCAGGGUCAUCUAUGCUAAUGGGAUGGACACACACUAUCAGACAGAGCCACACAUACUGGCAGGAGCUGCUAACCCUACGAUCGCCCGGCGCAACAUGACCCUGCCAGGAGAGAAUGGCCAGAACUUAGUCGAGUGGAGAUUUAGGAAGGAGCAGACCCGAGGAAAGGUCAUUGUGUUUGGGAGGAAGCUGAGGGUAAACGGAAGGAACUUGCUGUCUGUGGAUUAUGACCGCACGCUGCGAACCGAGAAGGUUUAUGAUGACCACAGAAAGUUCCUGUUAAAGAUCAUCUACGACACGCAGGGCCACCCGUCACUGUGGAUCCCCAGCAGCAAACUGCUCUCAGUUAACCUGACGUACUCCAGCACGGGACAGGUGACGGGCCUCCAGAGGGGUCCGACCACAGAGAAGUGGGAGUACGACAAUCAAGGAAGAAUCAUUUCUCGAGUCUUUGCUGAUGGGAAGAUAUGGAGCUACACGUAUCUGGAUAAGUCCAUGGUGUUGCUGCUGCACAGCCAGCAUCAGUACAUCUUCGACUACGACUCAGGGAACCGACUGUCAGCCGUCACCAUGCCCAGCGUGGCUCGGCACACCAUGCAGACCAUCAGAUCUGUGGGAUACUACAGGAACCUGUACACCCCCCCGGAGAGCAACGCCUCCGUUACUGUGGACUACUCUGAGGAAGGGCAGCUCCUCAGAGUGGCUCAUCUAGGAACCGGCCGACGGAUUCUGUACAAAUAUCGCAGACAAAAUAAGCUGGCAGAGAUCCUUUACGACUCGACGCGGGUCAGCUUCACGUACGACGAGACCGCUGGCGUGCUCAAAACCGUCAACCUCCAGAGCGAAGGCUUCAUCUGCUCCAUCCGCUACCGGCAGAUCGGCCCGCUGGUCGACCGGCAAAUAUUCCGCUUCAGCGAGGACGGGAUGGUGAAUGCGCGCUUCGACUACACCUACGACAACAGCUUCAGGGUCACCAGCAUGCAGGCUGUGAUCAAUGAGACGCCGCUGCCUAUUGAUCUCUACCAGUUCGACGAUAUCUCUGGGAAAGUGGAGCAGUUUGGAAAGUUUGGAGUUAUCUACUAUGAUAUCAAUCAGAUCAUCUCCACAGCAGUGAUGACCUACACCAAGCACUUCGACCAACACGGCCGGAUCAAGGAGAUCCAGUAUGAGAUUUUCAGGUCACUCAUGUACUGGAUCACUAUUCAGUACGACAACAUGGGCAGGGUCACCAAGCGCGAGAUCAAGAUCGGACCCUUUGCCAACACAACCAAAUACGGUUAUGAGUAUGACGUUGAUGGACAGCUGCAGACGGUCUCCCUCAAUGAGAAGCUAAUAUGGAGGUUUAACUACGACCUGAAUGGAAACCUGCACUUACUGAACCCGGGGAACAGCGGCCGUCUGACGCCGCUACGCUAUGAUCUGAGGGACAGAAUCACUCGCCUGGGGGAUGUUCAGUACAAAAUGGACGAAGACGGAUUCCUGAGACAGAGAGGAACUGAGAUAUUUGAGUACAACUCCAAAGGUCUUUUAGUUCGUGUUUACAGUAAAGCUGCCAGCUGGACCAUCCAGUACCGUUACGACGGCUUGGGUCGGCGUGUGGCGUCCCGGAACAGCCUGGGCCAGCACCUGCAGUUCUUCUACGCCGACCUGAACUACCCCACCAGGAUCACCCACGUCUACAACCACUCCAGCUCUGAGAUCACCUCUUUCUACUACGACCUGCAGGGUCACGUGUUUGCCAUGGAAAUCAGCAGCGGAGAGGAGUUUUAUAUUGCGUGUGAUAACACCGGGACUCCGCUGGCGGUCUUCAGCAACAACGGCCUGCUCCUUAAACAGGUACAAUACACAGCAUACGGGGAGGUCUACUUUGACUCCAACCCCGACUUCGUCCUUGUGAUCGGUUUCCACGGCGGCCUGUACGAUCCUCUGACACGACUGCUGCAUUUUGGAGACAGAGAUUAUGACAUCCCCGCUGGGAGGUGGACCACUCCAGACAUCAGCACAUGGACGCGUGUGGGGAAAGACCCUCAGCCUUUUAACUUGUAUAUGUUCAGAGGGAACAACCCCGUAAGCAAGAUUCAUCAGGUCAAAGAGUAUGUUACAGAUGUCAACAUCUGGUUGGUCACCUUCGGCUUCCAUCUUCAUAACGCUAUCCCAGGAUUCCCUAUUCCCAAAUUCGACCUGACGGAGCCGUCCCUGGAGAUGAAAAAGAGCCAGCUUUGGGACGACCUGCCUUCCAUCUCAGGUGUGCAACAGGAAGUAACUCGCCAGUCAUCCGCCUUCCUGUCCUUCGAGCGCAUGCCGGAAAUCCAGCCCAGCCGACGGCACUCCGACCACACCAAGCCCUGGCUGUGGUUCGCCACCGUCAAGUCGCUGAUUGGAAAGGGCGUCAUGUUCGCUGUGGUGCAAGGACGAGUUGUGACAAAUGCUCUGAACAUUGCCAGCGAGGACUGCAUCAAAGUGGCUGGAGUCCUGAACAACGCCUUCUACCUGGAGAACUUGCAUUUCACUGUUGAGGGACGAGACACUCACUACUUCAUCAAGACCAGCCUUCCUGAGAAUGACCUGAGCGCCCUGCGCCUCACCUCAGGCAGGAAGUCACUGGAAAACGGCGUGAAUGUCACAGUGUCCCAGUCUACAACCGUGAUGAACGGCAGAACGCGGCGCUUCGCCGACGUAGAACUGCAGUACGGUGCCCUGGUCCUCCACGUGCGCUACGGGACGACGCUGGACGAAGAGAAGACGCGAAUCUUGGAGCAGGCACGGCAGAGGGCGCUGUCGAGCGCCUGGGCACGUGAACAGCAGCGAGUGAGAGACGGGGAGGAAGGCGUAAGACUGUGGACGGAGGGAGAGAAAAGGCAGCUGCUGAGCAGUGGGAAGGUUCAGGGCUACGACGGCUACUACGUCCUGUCCAUCGAGCAGUAUCCCGAACUGGCCGACAGCGCCAACAACAUCCAGUUCCUCCGGCAGAGUGAGAUAGGGAGGAGGUAACACGGCGUGAACGCGUCCAGAUGGUUCCACCUCUGACUGUCAAAGACUAACACUAAAAAAAGUUCUGUUUUAACACUAAAUGGAUGUCACAGAUUGAACUAAGACGGCAACAACUGCCCACUGACCCCCUUAGAUUUCGCUUUGACCUGAAGCUACAGCUGUGACUGUCCUCAUGCACCUGGGAAAGGUUCUUCAACGCCCUCCGUUUUCUGUUCCCUCUCGUGCUUUUAGACAGGCUGCACGCAUGCCUUUCCACUUCCCUCCGACAGGCCAGGCUAACCUGACUGCCAUAUCUGCGAGCUGCCUACCUGUUAAACAGAGACUUUGGAUAACGGAGGGAAACACAGAGACUGGUUCAGAUAGGCAGCUUGGUGUGCGAGCAGCCGUCCGAAGCAGUUAAGCAGCCCUGUGCAUCCCUAACAGAUGUUGCGGGUACCAUAUGUCUGAGGGUCCAGAUGGGCCCCAUCACUCCGGUUUGAGCCUUGUCUAUAGGAUUUAUUAUUCCAUGGCUGAAGCCAUUGAAUGGAACUGUUGUGGACUCUCUCUAAGAGAGACAGGCACAAAAAAGGACUGAAAUUUGUACAAGUUAAAAAAAAAA